CUUCACCGCCGUGACGCGCCGCGCCGCGCCGCACUCGCGUUCGCGUUCGCGUUCAGCGGGAUCUCGCGUGACGCGGAGACGCACUGGCUGGCGUGGGGCGCGUGUCUGUGGAGAGCAGACAGAGGAAGAAGAGCUGCUUAUUCAUCAAAGACAGCGCUCGGAUGUGGAUGUGGCUUUAUCAGCGGGAUUCGCUCUGAUUAUAGUGAUUCUUCUCGGCGUUUAUGUGCUUUGAGAUCAAAUAACAGCGUCUGAUGUGUGCUUGAGUUACAUGUGCCUCCAACACAAGAUUUAGCCACACCCACAGCUGAAGAUGUCAGACAAUGGGGAAGUAGAAGACAAGCCGCCAGCUCCGCCCAUGAGAAACACCAGCACCAUGAUUGGCUCGUCCGGUAAAGACUCUGGCCCACUGAAUCACGGCUCCAAACCUCUGCCGCCCAACCCUGAGGACAAGAGGAGGAAAGAAGGCUUCAUCCGAUCCAUACUCACCGGAGGAGGAGACAAGACCAAUAAGAAGAAGGAGCGUCCAGAGAUCUCUCUGCCGUCAGACUUUGAGCACACUAUCCAUGUUGGCUUUGACGCCGUCACUGGAGAGUUCACUGGCAUGCCUGAGCAGUGGGCACGGUUACUCCAGACGUCCAACAUCACCAAACUCGAGCAGAAGAAGAAUCCUCAGGCCGUUCUGGACGUGCUUAAAUUCUACGACUCGAAGGAAACGAGCAACAGCCAGAAAUACAUGAGCUUUACAGAUAAAGGUGCGGAUAACUACAGCUCUUCCAACGCAGUGAACUCCAAGACCGUUUCCGAGACCCCCGCCGUGGCCACCGUCUCCGAGGAUGAGGACGAGGAUGAAGCCACGCCUCCACCCAUCAUCGCACCCCGUCCCGAACACACCAAAUCGAUCUACACACGCUCCGUCAUCGACCCUCUUCCUCCACCGCUCUCCACCAAAGACGCCGCUACGUCGCCCAUCACAAACGCGGCCGCUGACGGAGGCAGUCCCACCCCCCCCUCCACCACCUCCGGCACCGCCAGCACCACCAACACCAACACCCCUGCACCCUCCACCCCACAAAACACCGACAAAACACGCAAGAAGAAGAUGACCGACGAGGAGAUACUCGAGAAGCUGCGAAGUAUAGUCAGCGUGGGAGACCCGAAGAAGAAGUACACACGAUUUGAGAAGAUUGGCCAGGGAGCAUCUGGAACAGUCUACACAGCCAUAGACAUCGCCACAGGACAAGAGGUGGCCAUCAAACAGAUGAACCUACAGCAGCAGCCCAAGAAAGAGCUGAUCAUCAACGAGAUCUUAGUCAUGAGGGAAAACAAGAACCCCAACAUCGUCAAUUACCUGGACAGUUACCUGGUGGGGGAUGAGCUGUGGGUGGUGAUGGAGUAUCUGGCCGGAGGCUCUCUGACAGACGUGGUGACGGAGACGUGUAUGGAUGAAGCACAGAUCGCCGCCGUCUGCCGGGAAUGUCUCCAAGCGCUGGAGUUUCUGCACUCGAAUCAGGUCAUUCACAGAGACAUCAAGAGCGACAACAUUCUGCUGGGGAUGGACGGCUCCGUCAAACUCACUGAUUUCGGCUUCUGCGCUCAGAUUACCCCUGAACAGAGCAAGCGGAGCACCAUGGUUGGGACGCCGUACUGGAUGGCCCCGGAGGUCGUGACCCGCAAGGCCUACGGGCCCAAAGUGGACAUCUGGUCCCUGGGCAUCAUGGCUAUUGAGAUGAUCGAGGGCGAGCCGCCGUACCUCAACGAAAACCCUCUGAGGGCUCUGUAUCUCAUCGCCACCAACGGAACGCCGGAGCUGCAGAACCCAGAGAAACUCUCAUCCGUGUUUCGGGAUUUCUUAAACCGCUGUCUGGAGAUGGAUGUGGAGAAGAGAGGCUCUGCCAAGGAGCUCUUACAGCAUCAGUUCCUGAAAGUGGCCAAGCCUCUGUCCAGCCUCACGCCGCUGAUCAUCGCAGCCAAAGAGGCGGCUAAAAACAACCGCUAGCCCCUCCAGGACAACAG